AUGGCCGCCUUUGUGCGAGUGUCUGGCCCACCCAAUGGCAACUUUCUCGUCGGUUACCCCGGCAUAUCAGCGACAUUGCCGCGAAUUGAAGGCAAAGUCGAGAUUCGUCCGAGCGUGGGCAUCACCGCCCCUGUCAACGUGUCGCUGGUCACCGUCUGUCUCCAGCGCAGAGAAAGCAUACACCCGUCCGCAGAUUCAGUCACAAAGAAACGCCUUGCAGCUCCCAGGAAAGAAAUAACCGAGCUGGUCGGAAAGGAGAUGCUUCUGUAUCGAUGCGCUGCAGGCCGGGACUACGAGGAGGUCAUAUCCAUGGAUCUGCCUUUCAUGCUAUUUAUUCCGUAUGGUAGAGGCGCGCAGGAGACAUCUCGCAGAGUGCCUGCAGCUAGCUUGCAACUACCGAGUCGAACAGCAGAAACAUUCUACGAAAUGGUUGUUACCGUGCAACAAGGGCCGUCAGAGCAAAAGAAAUACGCAUUUCCCGUUCCCAUCUGCCGUUAUGAUACAUUGUCAACGUUUGGAAUGUACAACCGUCCGGAGACAGCCGAGAAAGUAACAGAUCAUUUGGUGACCUUGGGCAUAUCGCUACCACGAUGGUCAUACGGACCGCUCGACCCUGUGAGCGUGUAUGUCAGACUGGCUCCAAAUUUGGAUUGGCUGGGGAAAGCCAGAAAAGUCACAAUCAACAAACUCACCAUUGGAAUCGAUGAGGAAAUCAUAUACAAUCAUGAAGGCGAUGAGCCGUCACGCAAAGUCAAGACUAUAACAAAGAGAUCAGAAACCGUUGGUAUAAAGUUACCUGAGCAAGGAUAUUCAACGAAUAUAGGCUUGGUGUUUCCGACAAAGGAUUUGAGAGAUACCGACGGCAUUCUUCCCAGGGGGAAGGCAGCAUUUCCUGCCUACGGAGUGAUUGGUUUCACAACCACUGCAAGCUUAUACAAAAUCGAAUACUAUCUUACUGUCAAGGCACACCUUACAUCUGCGAGAGACAUCAUUAUUAGGCAACCAAUCGUCGUAUGCCCAAUUGACCACGCUGGAUGUAAAGAAGAGAUGGAAGCAAUAGAACAGUCGGCACGUGAUGCUGCCUUUGUCAAUCCUGAAAACCCGAUGCUGCCGCAUCCGACAAUAAUUCGCUACCGUGAUCAUAAUGCCCUUGCUGCGCUUGGCGUUGCUGUCGUUGGAAAACAGAAGAAACCGCUGAUAGACUGA